AUAAUUAAGCUAUUAUUAAAAAAACAGAAAGAAGAAAUAAAGAAAAGAAGAAAGCAAUAACUAUUAACUACCACAUGGGGUUAGCGUAGUUUAUCCUCUUUCUUCAUCUAAAUAAAUACUCUCUCACGCAACUCUUACACCAUUUUACUCUUCUCUUCCUCUUUCUCUUCUCCAUCUCCAAUGGCUCCUCCAAAAUCAAAACUCAAAACCCUAAUUUCUCUCUCUAAACUCUUCCUUUCUUUCUCUCUCCUCCUCCACACCGCCAUUGCCGACGAUGCCGUUUUCAUGAACAAGCUUUCAAAAGCCCUUACUCCAACUCCCUCAGGCUGGUCAUCGUCAGCCACAUUCUGCAACUGGAGCGGCGUCAAAUGCGACGGUUCAAAUCGCGUAAUAUCGAUUAACUUAGCUUCUAGUUCACUCACCGGAAAAUUACCUUCCGAUCUGAACUCACUGUCAGAACUCACUACACUUUCUCUUCAAUCCAACUCUCUCUCCGGUGAGUUACCUUCACUCGCUAAUCUCUCGAAUCUUCAAACGGUUUUUCUCGGAAACAACAACUUCACUUCAAUCGCUAAAGGUUGCUUUGAAGGACUCACUAGUCUCCAGAAACUUUCCUUGACUCCGAACACUAACCUUGCACCGUGGACGAUUCCGACUGAGUUGACUCAGUCUUCGAAUCUCGUCGAACUUGACCUUGGUCAAACGAAUCUCAUAGGUUCGUUACCGGAUAUAUUCGAUACAUUGGUUAGUUUGCAGAAACUUCGUCUUUCUUACAAUAACCUCACUGGAGAUUUACCUAACUCAUUCUCUGGAUCUGGGAUUCAGAAUUUGUGGCUUAAUAAUCAGCAAGAUGAUUAUGGUUUUACUGGUUCUAUUGAUUUGCUUUCUUCGAUGUCACAUUUAACUCAAGUUUGGUUUCAGAAGAACAAGUUCACUGGUCCAAUUCCUGAUUUAUCAAACUGUACUAAUUUGUUUGAUUUGCAGCUUCGUGAUAAUCAGUUAACUGGUGUUGUUCCGUCUUCUUUGAUGAGUUUAUCUAGCUUGACGAAUGUUUCUUUGGAUAAUAACAAGUUGCAGGGUCCUUUUCCUUCUUUUGAGAAAGGUGUAAAGGUUACUCUUGAUGGGAUUAAUAGCUUUUGUGGAAAAGCUCCUGGACCUUGUGAUCCUAGGGUUACAACUUUGCUUGAUAUUGCUGCUGGUUUUGGGUAUCCUCUUCCGUUGGCUAGUUCUUGGGGAGGGAAUGAUCCUUGUGAUGAUUGGAGCUUUGUUGUGUGUUCGGGAUCGAAGAUUAUUACAAUCAAUUUACCAAAAAAGCAUUUGAAUGGGACCAUUUCACCUGCAUUUGGGAAUUUAACUGAUUUGAGGAAUUUGUAUUUAGGUGGUAAUAAUUUGUCAGGUUCGAUACCGGGGAGUUUGACGGGUUUGACUCAACUUGAGGUUUUGGAUGUGUCUAACAACAAUCUAUCUGGAGAUAUUCCUAUGUUUUCGGGUAAAGUCAAGUUCAAUUCUGCUGGUAAUGUUUUGCUUGGGCAUUCAGGAGGUGGUGGAGGAAGUGGAACUACUCCACCAACGGAUUCUGGUGGUGCACCGAACGGAAGUCCAUCGGGAAAGGCAAGUGGUUCUUCACUUUCGCCUGGUUGGAUCGCAGGUAUAGCUGUUAUUGUUGUGUUUUUUGUUGCAGUGGUGUUGUUUGUGUUUUGCAAGUGUUAUACCAAGAACCGGAGGCAUGGGAAAUUCGGAAGGGUUAAUAAUCCUGAAAAUGGUAAAGGUGAUGUUAAAAUUGAUGUCAUGAGUGUUUCUAAUUCUAAUGGAUAUGGUGGAGUUGCGAGUGAGUUACAGAGUCAGGGAAGUGAGCGCAGUGACAUUCAGGUUUUUGAGGGUGGAAAUGUUACUAUUUCUAUCCAAGUUCUUAGGCAAGUAACCGGUAAUUUCAGUGAAGAUAACAUUUUGGGUAGGGGAGGUUUCGGAGUUGUUUAUAAAGGGGAAUUGCAUGAUGGGACUAAGAUUGCUGUGAAGAGGAUGGAAUCUGUUGCAGUGGGAACUAAGGGAUUGAAUGAGUUCCAAGCAGAGAUUGCAGUUCUAACUAAAGUUAGGCAUAGGCAUUUGGUUGCUCUUUUAGGAUUCUGCAUAAACGGCCAUGAAAGGCUUUUGGUGUAUGAGUAUAUGCCGCAAGGAACAUUAACACAACAUCUGUUUGAUUGGGGUGAAAAUGGAUGUGCUCCUUUGACUUGGAAACAGAGGGUAGCAAUAGCUUUGGAUGUAGCGCGGGGAGUGGAAUACUUGCACAGCUUAGCUCAACAAAGUUUCAUUCACAGGGACUUGAAACCCUCCAACAUACUAUUGGGUGAUGACAUGAGAGCAAAGGUUGCAGAUUUUGGGUUGGUUAAAAAUGCACCGGAUGGCAAAUAUUCCGUUGAGACAAGAUUGGCUGGAACAUUUGGAUAUUUGGCACCUGAAUAUGCAGCCACUGGAAGAGUGACAACCAAAGUAGAUGUUUACGCAUUUGGAGUAGUUCUGAUGGAACUGAUUACUGGUAGAAGGGCAUUGGACGAUUCUAUGCCUGACGAAAGAUCGCAUUUGGUUUCAUGGUUCCGUAGGGUACUAGUCAACAAGGAGAACAUCCCUAAGGCAAUUGAUCAAACACUGAACCCUGACGAAGAAACCAUGGAGAGCAUAUAUAAAAUCGCUGAGCUUGCAGGCCAUUGCACUGCUCGCGAACCACACCAGAGACCAGAUAUGGGACAUGCAGUGAAUGUCCUUGUUCCUCUAGUAGAGCAAUGGAAGCCUAGCAACCAUGAAGAAGAAGAUGGUUAUGGUAUUGACCUUCACUUGAGCCUUCCUCAAGCUCUGCAAAGAUGGCAAGCCAAUGAAGGCACUUCCACAAUGUUUAAUGACAUGUCUUUCUCACAAACCCAAUCAAGUAUUCCAUCAAAACCUUCAGGAUUUGCAAACUCCUUUGAUUCAAUGGAUUGCCGGUAACAAAAAUGACAACUUUCUAAUUGCUUCUCAGUGGGGAUUGAGAAGGUUAAGCUGUUUUGAUCUAGCAUAUCAUUGCGAAAUUGUAUCACAAAUUUCAUUUAUUUAUUUUUUAAAAUGUCAAUUUUCCUGAUGUUGUUUAUUGAUUUUUUAAAGCUAGCGAUUUGGGUUUUUAGUGUUUGGGAUUAUUAGAUAGAAAAUAUUAUAGAAAUGUUAAUUGAAUGAUAUACUGUUUAACAUCUUUUAAUUAUUAUCAGAAGAAUAUUUGCUGUA